GCCAUCGGAAGACACCGGAAUUUUUGACAGGAGAGAGAAAAAUGGCAUGGAGAUGGAUGGAAGCGGCACUUCCUCUUGGAAUUAUCGCCGGAAUGCUCUGUAUAAUGGGGAAUGCUCAAUAUCAUAUUCACAAAGCCGCACAUGGCCGGCCGAAGCACAUCGGUAAUGAUAUGUGGGACGUUGCCAUGGAACGCAGGGACAAGAAACUCGUGGAGAAUUUCUCCGCCGCUUCUCAUUGAUAAUUUUGUAGACCUGCAUCUCCUGUCCUAGAUGCAGGAGUUGUGGCGGAUGUUCUCUUGACGAAGGAAUAAAAGUUUUUGUUGCAGAACGCAGAUGUUUGUGCAUGGAUGAUCACUGCCAUACACUGUCAGUUUUCUUCAUUGUUCCAAUCUUGAUCUGAACAUAUGUAGAAUUGAUCAUCCAGAAUUACUUUCUAUAUCAAAGUAGAUGUUCUCCUGAAUGUUGAUUUCUGAGUUCUGUUUUCUUAAGCUACACUUGCCUACUCGAACAGGUGAACCCCUGUACUUAAUUAAAUGAUUGAUGAAUAGCUUGAAAUUCUUGUAAA